AUGGGCUGUAGGGUCCUGCUGCCCGCGCGGCACGUUCACAUCGCGGGUUUACACCUGCUGUCAUUUUCUGCUGGGAACUUCUGCUUCUUUGAUCACCGCUACUUCCGUUUUGCCUCCUUCAUGCAUCUCCGCGAGUUGACCGUCAACGUAUUACUCGGGGACUCGGAAAGCCCCGUAAUCCUUCCCGCCGCGUUGUCAUCGAGCUCGCUCAUGACGAAGGUCGAACUCUACAAUUGCUUUCCACAGCAUUGGGAUGCUCCGAUGUUUGGACCGCGUCUCAAGCGCCUCUCAAUGUCAUAUGUUGGCGAUUUCGACGUUCCCCAUCUUAUGCCCACGACACUGGAGUUCUCCCGAAUCCUUACUUCUACUCCUGCGCUUCAGUCUCUGGUCCUUGAUAACAUACACCUCCAAAGUUCUGCCGUGCCUUAUCCGGCAAUGGAACUAUCGCCAGAGUUGUCCUCGAUUGACAUCUUCAGCUGGCGCGACCACACACAGCACCGUGCCUGCUUGGCCUUUCUCGAGAAUCUCGUCUUCCAGCGCCGUGGUAUACAAAUGGAGAUUUCUCUUGGGAACCCGGACGGUGCUUCGGGCGACGAUAGCGCAGACGACGCCAACUCCGCGAAGGAUAUUCUGUCCCUCAUACGCUCAGCUCUCCAGAACAUCUACCGGCAACAAGCCGACCCGCCGAAGCACAUUGUGCUUGGCCACAAGGCGUUCCUUACCCACGAUUCCGAGACCUCGCGGUCGAAGAGACGCGCUUGGCCGAUCUCCGUGAUGCAGUACAUGUUCACGGAUAUCCCUGGAGUAACUUCUAUCUUAAACUUCGACUUCGACAUCUCGAACAUCAGCGAUACGACGUCUUUGUACGAGGGUUCCGUGCCCAUUCCCCUCCGCGAUCUCCGCUCCGUGUCACUCAAUUGCUCAGGAGGAUGGGCCUACCUCGAGAGCGAAAUAUGGUGGAGAGCGAUGAAGGAAGCCGUGGACGUGCGUCGUAUCGCUGUAUAUUUCAGUGAUUGCGCGAAGUUGCUGCCUCUUGCUGAGACCGAGGUGAAUGGCGGCGCGUCUGUUUUCGCGGCCUUUCCUCACCUCAAGAUCAUACAUGUUCAUCUCGAGGAGGUUUUCAUUGCCGACGACAGUGCUCAGUUGGACGAAGCGGGGGCAGUGUGCACGGAGCUCCUCACAGCACUUCAGUUCAUUGCCCGCGUUAGGAGGGAGCACGGCGAAAAGUCGCGUUUGGAAUCGCUGGUGGUCGACAGCGUAUUGAGUGGGUGGGAGAUAUGGAAGACCAUUGCGGAGGAUGUCCCUGUUAGCUUUUGCGACUUUCACUCACAUCACCGCGAUGCAGCUUAG